AGCUGCCUGAGCAUUGAGCAAAAUCUCUCCAGGAGGGAUGAUCAGGCGUCUACCAAUCAAUUCAGUCCGUUAGUCGACGGCAAUGACCAAAAUGAACGCCAUGAAUUUCGCCUCUCCACGGUUCAUCCAUCGCGCCGGCUUCCGUUCUGAAACUUCAUCGAAUCUCGUGCAUAUCUUCAGGCAUUCAUUCUUCGGCCGCCAUGGAAGACGAUACAGUGCACUUCCGCUCUCUCCCAAUCCCAAGUCCAGCGAUGAAGAGCUGCUGGUGGUUGUAGGGGGUGGCGCCGCCGGAAUGUACGGCGCAAUUAUGGCCAAGACCGCUGCGCCGGAUCUCAGAGUCGUUGUAAUUGAGAAAGCGAAGCCAUUAUCGAAGGUGAAAAUUUCUGGAGGAGGCCGCUGUAACCUGACGAAUGGGCAUUUUGCUGAUCAUAUGCUUUUGGCAGACAACUAUCCAAGGGGAAAUAAGGAACUGAGAGGCUCAUUUUUCAAGACCCAUGGUCCGAUGGAUACUAUGUCUUGGUUCUGCGAAAAUGGAGUGGAGCUUAAAAUUGAGGAAGAUGGAAGAGUAUUUCCAGUGAGUGACAGUUCGUCUUCUAUAAUUGAUUGCCUCAUGUCUGAAGCAAAGAUGUGGGGAGUCUCACUGCAGACUGGAAAGGUUGUCACAAGUGCGUCUUACACGACUGGUGGGAAGUUCAGUGUCAAGCUUGAGAAACGUUCUAUUGACUAUGUUGAGUAUGUAGAAGCAGACUAUUUGUUGAUUGCUAGUGGGAGUAGUCAGCAGGGUUACAAUAUUGCCAUUCAACUUGGCCACUCCGUCAUAAAACCUGUUCCGAGCUUAUUUACUUUCAAGAUUGAUGAUUUACGGUUGACGGAGUUAUCUGGGCUCUCAUUCCCUAAAGUGGAAGCCAAACUGAAGUUAGAAACCCUUCGGAACAAUGUGCCACAGUUCACACAGGUUGGGCCCAUGCUAGUUACACAUUGGGGACUUAGUGGACCAGUUAUCCUUCGGCUAUCAGCUUGGGGAGCACGUUACCUUGCCAGCUCAGAAUACAAGGGAACUCUAUUGGUGGAUUUUGCUCCUGAUCAUCACAUUGAUGAUUUGAAGUCACUAUUCCUUAAUCACAAGCAUCAUUCUGCGAGACAAAAGUUGCUCAAUUCAAGUCCCUCGGAACUUGGCCUGCCCAAGAGAUUUUGGAAGUAUAUUUUAGACCAUGAGAGACUAGAAGGGGAUAUCUUGUGGGCUUCCAUUUCCAACAAUUCCUUAAUGUCCAUUGCUGUUACCUUAAAACAUUGGUCCUUUACUGUGAAGGGAAAGGGACAAUUUAAGGAUGAAUUCGUCACGGCUGGAGGAGUUCCGUUGUCUGAGAUCUACUUGAAUACGAUGCAGAGCAGGAUUCAUCCACGUCUAUACUUUGCUGGAGAGGUUUUAAAUGUUGAUGGUAUAACUGGAGGGUUUAAUUUUCAGAAUGCUUGGUCAGGUGGAUAUAUUGCAGGAACAAGCAUAGGAAAGCAAUCUAUUGUCGGCAUAGAAGGAAAUAGCGUGUGUGAAAGUGUGCACCAUGACAACUGACCAGAGCUAAAGACAUUUAGUGUCACUAUGGCAGGAUGCAGACUGAUCUGGUCGCACCGAGCUCAACUACCUUUUGUGGCGCCGAGCCCAACUAUCUCUUAAGCCCAUAUACUUCAAGCCCAAUACCUCGGUCGUGGUCCAAGUCCAUGCAAGAAACACACUCGGGAUGUUUCAAGUUAUCCAUCAUAGUAGUAUAUAUUACGGCAAUGUGUUAUGUGAUUACUACCUCCGUCCCAUUGUAUUUGUCAAAUUUAACUUUUUCGAGUCAAACAAGACAAGUUUUAAGUUUUAAUUACUCACAAUUUGUAUUGCAUAUUAGUAUAAUACGGAGUAAAAUACAAUCUUGAAAAAUUCUUAAUAAGAUAAAGCUAAUUAAAUCAU